CCAUUUAGUAAUGCUUCACUUCAUCACUUCCUCUUUGAAUUUUCAGCUAAGAAAGAUGAAGCUAUUUCUAGCAACACUGUUUUUUUUCACUCUUGUUAUUACCCCUUCUUUCAUUCAAACCACUAUGGCUGGUUCAAGUUAUUGUGAUUCAAAGUGCAAGCAAAGGUGUUCAAAGGCAGGACUAGCUGAUAGGUGUUUGAAGUAUUGUGGAAUUUGCUGUGAAGAAUGCAAGUGUGUGCCUUCUGGAACAUAUGGGAACAAACAUGAGUGUCCUUGCUACAGAGACAAGAAGAACUCUAAGGGCAAACCUAAAUGCCCUUGAAUUUAUGUUGUCCUAAAUAUCUAAGUGAUCAAAUCUGGUAUUUACAUAUUAAGUAUUCUAGUUAUGUUAAUUAAAGUCAAAAAUAUAGUGUGAAGAUUAGACCAAAAAAUAUCAAUAAAUAAAUGGGUUCUUCCUUUGAGGGAGCUCGUUUUGUUUAUUUCAACUACUGAAUUUUUGAAUAUUAAAUGUAAUGUGACUUUGAAUUUAUAUGAAUAAUAAUUUAUAGUUUGGUAGAAUA